ACGCGGUGAGAGACAGCUUAAAUAAAUUCUCCAAUACUUUAUCUCGACAUCCUCAUAAUUUUGUUUCUUUUCUACUGAAAUGGCAAAUUCAUGAUUUUUCCCUUUUUUCUUGAUAUACUUUAGCGGCUCUUCUUCUGUUUUUAAAUAACCACUGAUCUGCUUUCUCCAGAAAGGAUUUUUGGUGGUGGGAAUCUCUUGAACUACGUGGGGUUUCAAUCUUUAGCUUCAGAAACAGAAUUAUAUAUUUAAAUCCAGUGAUCUCAGUGCAUGUAUUUUCUUAUACGGCACUCUGUAAAUAAACGUGGGCUGCGUGAAAUUUGUCGUUUCAUCUGUUUAGCUGAGGCGAAUUUCUUGUGAGGUCACUUUUGCUCUGGUGUUUGAUUGAAAUAUGUGAGCGAGUGACAAAGUUUUGACCUUGCCACUGUUUCAACUUUCAAUAGAUGUCAGUGCUUAUUUAUUAGAGUUGGGAGAGGGGAAAAGAGUGAUAUAUUGAGAAAUGGGAUCUGGUAACGGGUUUUACUCAGGAGCAGAGUUUAGUUUGGACCCCAAAUGGUUGGUCGAUCCGAAGCUUCUUUUUGUUGGGCCAAAGAUUGGAGAAGGAGCGCAUGCCAAAGUGUACGAGGGAAAAUACAAAAACCAGAAUGUUGCUAUCAAAAUUGUCCAGAGAGGAGAGACACCUGAAGAGAUUGCCAAGAGGGAGGCUAGAUUUGGAAGAGAAGUUGCAAUGCUUUCCAGAGUCCAACACAAGAACUUAGUUAAGUUCAUUGGAGCUUGCAAGGAACCUGUGAUGGUUAUAGUAACUGAGCUUCUGCUUGGUGGGACAUUGCGGAAAUUCUUGGUUAACUUGCGGCCAAGGUGCUUGGAUAUGCGGGUCGCUAUUGGAUUUGCGCUUGACAUAGCUCGAGCAAUGGAAUGUUUGCACUCGCAUGGAAUUAUUCAUCGUGACCUGAAACCUGAAAACUUGCUCUUGACAGAAGACCAUAAAACCGUCAAACUUGCGGAUUUUGGUUUAGCAAGAGAAGAGUCAUUGACAGAGAUGAUGACUGCUGAGACUGGAACUUAUCGCUGGAUGGCCCCAGAGGUAACUCUGCAAAUCUUUUCCCUUCUGAUAUUUUCAUUUGUUCAUUUGAUAUUCUGUCUGAUAUUCUGGUUGCAGCUCUACAGCACAGUCACACUGAGACGUGGAGAAAAGAAGCAUUAUACCCAUAAGGUGGAUGCUUAUAGUUUUGCCAUUGUCCUGUGGGAGCUCAUACAUAAUAAGUUGCCGUUCGAGGGCAUGUCGAAUCUGCAGGCAGCCUAUGCCGCUGCUUUUAAAAAUGUAAGGCCAAGUGCCGACGACCUUCCGGAGGAUCUGGCCUCAAUAGUGACCUUAUGUUGGAAAGAGGACCCCAAUGUUCGGCCCAACUUCACUCAGAUAAUACAGAUGCUCCUGCAUUAUCUGUCAACAAUUUCACCACAUGAACCGGUCGUGCCACACAGAACUUUCGCUUCUGACCGUAACGCUGUCUUUCCACCGGAGUCUCCAGGAACCCGUUCGCUGAUGGCCAAGAGGAAUGACAGCAGCGACAUGCCCAAAACGCCAAUGGAAGAUGAGGGGAGAGGAUUUUUCUCCUGCUGUUAAGGGAUGCUACUAAUCUCUAGACGACAAUGCUAACCUCCUACAAGGCAGUUGAAAAAUUCAACUAUCUUGUAGGAGGGUGGUGCUGAAGCAGUCUUACUUGAAAUAGAUGAGUUUCUGCUGCAGAAUCCUCCCUCUUCAUCCCUUUUAACUUGCGUUCUGCCUGACUCACCAACCGCAAGGGCUUGUACAUUAUGGAGUUUGGGUUGCUGUGAUGUGUUAGUGUUGUAGUAGAAUAAGGUCCAUCCCAAGGCCUUUGCUCUGUUAAUAUGUUACAAUCCAAUUACUACUACCCCCACCCCAGACAUAUUCUGCUAUAUUAUAAUUCCAAUCAAAAUGCGCGGUUUUUGCA